CUCAUCCUUAUCCACAACCCUUCCCAAUGUCCUUUCCUAUAAAUAAUUUAUUCAAUCACUUUUGCUUUUUCAUCAAGCCUAAAAAACAAUAUAUACCAACUUCUUCAAUUACACAAAAUACAAUACAACAAAAUCUCAUUAACUUUAUACUAUAGUAAGAGAAAUAUCAAUAUGUCUGACAUUGCUAUGUUAGUAGCUGAGGAGUAUGAGAGAAGAGUCAAGAGUUUAAAAAAUGCUGGUGGUGCUGCUGCUGUAGAAACAUGGGAGAUCAACAUGUCUUCUUGUUAUUCACUAUUCGUUUCCAAGUUGAAGGAGGAGAAAAGGCAACUUGUUCAGAGUGUUUUGGAACCCAAAACCCAAUUUGCUAUUGCUGCUUCUAACAACUUCUUUUCUGCUUGAUCAAAUAAGUCGAUCAUUGAUAUAAUUUACUUACUUUGUUUGCUGUAAUUUGUUUUUAUUUUAUGGUCUUCUAGUUUUCAUGAAAUCUUUUGUACAUAGCUAUGCUUGGAAUAUGAAUCUGAAUUAACGGUUGUCUUUAGAGAAUUUCUCUCACAUAAUUAAGGAUUUAAAGGAUAUUCACUUGGAGU